UGUUACAGAAAGAAAAGAGUUGCUUAUUUCUUUUUCCAUGUUAAUUCAUGUGUUUUAUAAAAUUCGACUUUAGUUUCUUCUGCUUCUUUUUUUUUUCAAUUCACUGUCGAUUGUCAUUCUCUCUUACAGCUCGGCUUCUUUAUCAACUAGAACUUUUGCUUCUCCUUAAACACCAUUAAGUCUACCUAAGUUAUUCAAGCACAAAAUCCAGCUUCAAGGAUUAACAUUCUCCACAAUGGGACCUUCUGCACGUCCUCGGCAGCAUAUCGAUCGGAAAGAUCUAUAUACAAAUCUCGAGGCGCGAAUACAGUAUCUCCACUCAUUUAUUGAUUUCAGUUCAAAUGAUAUCGAGGCCUUGGUGACAGGCUCAAGAUACAUAAAACAGCUUAUCCCCGCCAUCGUCAAUAUUGUCUACCAGAAACUUCUGCAGUAUGACAUUACGACGCGAGCCCUACAAACCCGGAGUACGAGCUAUGAGGGACCGGUAGAUGAAAAUCUAGAUGAAAAUAGCCCGCAAAUAUUACAUCGCAAAAUGUUCUUAAGGGCGUAUCUAUCCAAGUUAUGUUCGGACCCUAGCACGAUGGAAUUUUGGGAGUAUCUGGACAAAGUGGGUAUGAUGCAUACUGGUCGUGGACGUGAACAUCCCUUACACGUCGAAUAUGUACAUAUUGGGGCAUGUCUCGCCUUCAUCCAAGACACUUUUACAGAGGCGCUUCUUUCGCACCCGCGUCUGCGGACGGAUAAGAAGAUUGCUCUAGUAAGGGCAAUCGGCAAGGUCAUUUGGGUCCAGAACGACCUUUUCGCGAAGUGGUAUGUACGCGACGGCGACGAGUUCGCGGAUGAGAUGGAGAAGCAGAGAGUCGAACCGGAAGGAUUCCUGCACGGGAAGAAGAUACUAGAGGACAUCGAGGAAGCCGUUCCAUCGUCUCCUUCGUGUCCCUUUACAGGGUUUUCUGCUGCAGCUAAGGCAGACGCAUGCAAUGGAUGUGGGGAGAAUGGCGAGAAAGAGAAUGGGUGCUCAUCAGCAUUACCUAUACGAACGCAUGUCGAAACGAAUUGAAGUUAUACAUCACGGCUAGCAUCACGGAUUCGUUUUCUAGCUUCAGGUUCACGUGGGCUCAAAUUAAAGGGCAAGGAAAUAUGCCAUCGGCAUACAGUGGCGUCAAGGAUAGUGGACUUGGUGGAAUCAUCUAGGCGUCAUUGCGGUAGCAUCAUAGCGGCGUAAAUAUACAUGCUUUCAUUAUGAGUGUUUAGGUCAAAUACGAACCCUUGAAUUUCAGUGUUGUGUUUCAUGAUACAUUGUGUCGGCUUGUGGGUGAUACUAGACGCAGGGUGUGCCCAG